CGCCCGCGCCGGCCCAUGCCCUGCCCGCGGCCCGCGCUGCUCCGCGCCGCCCGCGCCGCGCUGCUGCCCCCGCCGUCCCCGCGCGCGCUCCGCACGGCCGCCCCCGCGCUCCGCAGCAUGGACGGCCCCGAGGCCGCGCUCGCCCCGCUCCGGCUCGCCGUGCGCCAGCAGGGAGACCUCGUGCGGAAGCUGAAGGAAGAUAAAGCCCCCCAGGUGGAUAUCGACCGAGCCGUGGCUGAGCUCAAAGCCCGGAAGAGGACUCUGGAGGCGAAGGAAUUAGCAUUACAGCCCAAAGAUGACAUUGUGGACAGAGCCAAAAUGGAAGAUACCCUCAAGAGGAGAUUUUUCUACGAUCAAGCUUUCGCUAUUUAUGGAGGUGUCAGUGGCCUUUAUGACUUUGGGCCCGUUGGCUGUGCUUUGAAGAACAAUAUUAUUCAGAAUUGGAGGCAGCACUUUAUCCAAGAGGAACAGAUUCUCGAGAUUGAUUGCACCAUGCUGACUCCUGAGCCAGUGUUAAAGACCUCUGGCCACGUAGACAAAUUUGCUGAUUUCAUGGUAAAAGACGUGAAGAAUGGAGAGUGUUUUCGUGCUGACCAUCUGUUGAAAGCUCAUUUACAGAAGCUGAUGUCUGAUAAGAAGUGUUCGGCUGAGAAGAAAUCAGAGAUGGAAAGUGUCUUGACCCAGCUUGAUAACUAUGGACAGCAAGAACUUGGGGAUCUUUUCGUGAACUAUAAUGUGAAAUCCCCUAUUACUGGGAAUGACCUCUCCCCUCCGGUCUCUUUUAACUUGAUGUUCAAGACCUUCAUCGGGCCCGGAGGAAACAUGCCGGGGUACCUGAGGCCGGAAACUGCACAGGGGAUUUUCCUCAAUUUUAAGCGACUUUUGGAAUUCAACCAAGGAAAGUUACCUUUUGCUGCUGCCCAGAUUGGAAAUUCUUUUAGAAAUGAGAUUUCCCCUCGAUCUGGACUGAUCAGAGUCAGAGAAUUCACAAUGGCAGAAAUUGAGCACUUUGUAGAUCCCAAUGAGAAAGACCAUCCCAAGUUCCAGAGUGUGGCAGACCUCCAGCUGAAUUUGUAUUCUGCAAAGGCCCAGGUCAGCGGACAGUCUGCUCAGAAAAUGCGCCUCGGGGAUGCUGUUGAGCAGGGUGUGAUUAAUAACUCAGUAUUAGGCUAUUUCAUUGGCCGCAUCUACCUCUACCUCACGAAGGUUGGAGUAUCUCCAGAAAAGCUCCGCUUCCGACAGCACAUGGAGAACGAGAUGGCCCACUACGCAUGCGACUGCUGGGACGCCGAGUCCAAGACGUCCUACGGCUGGAUCGAGAUUGUCGGCUGUGCCGAUCGUUCCUGCUACGACCUCUCUUGUCACGCACGAGCCACCAAAGUCCCCCUUGUCGCUGAGAAGCCUCUGAAAGAGCCCAAAACGGUCAACGUUGUUCAGUUUGAACCCAACAAGGGCGCCGUUGGCAGAGCGUAUAAGAAGGACGCAAAGCUGGUGAUGGAGUACCUUGCCACGUGUGAGGAGUGUUACAUUACAGAGAUGGAGAAGCUUCUCGACGAGAAAGGUGAAUUCACCAUUGAAACUGAAGGAAAAACAUUUCAGUUAACCCGAGACAUGGUCAGUGUGAAGAGAUUCUCGAAAACAUUACAUGUGGAAGAAGUUGUCCCGAAUGUCAUCGAGCCCUCCUUCGGCCUGGGCAGGAUCAUGUACACGGUGUUUGAGCACACUUUCCAUGUCCGAGAGGGGGAUGAACAGAGAACGUUCUUCAGUUUCCCGGCCGUCGUGGCUCCGUUCAAAUGCUCCGUCCUUCCACUGAGUCAGAACCAGGAGUUCAUGCCCUUCGUCCGGGAACUGUCCGACGCCCUCACCAGGAACGGCGUCUCCCACAAGGUCGAUGACUCCUCGGGCUCCAUCGGGAGGCGCUACGCCAGGACAGAUGAGAUCGGGGUGGCCUUCGGCAUCACCAUCGACUUCGACACCGUGAACAAGACCCCUCACACCGCCACCCUGCGCGACCGGGAUUCCAUGCGGCAGAUCAGAGCUGAGGUCUCAGAGCUGCCGGGCGUGGUCCGAGACCUGGCCAGCGGCACCCUCACGUGGGCUGACGUGGAGGCCAGGUACCCUCUCUUUGAAGGGCAAGAGACUGGUAAGAAGGACACCCUGGAAGAGUGAAGACAGCGUCGUGACCUCCUGCGCUAAGGAGACGCGUCACUCGCCACCUCACACCAGAUGCACGGCGGCCGCUCCCAGGCGCUGCCUCACCUCAGUGGCUGCCCGUUCGCACCCCACAAUUAAAGUUGAAGGAAUUCGAAACAGCCUUGUGACGCGCGUGCUUGUCUCCCUCCCCCCGAAGCAGACACACUCCUGGCCUGAAUGCUACACGUGCAUGACUUAGUUAUAGUCCGCAGCUUGAUCGGGGCGCCCUUGCUUAUUGGGGCAUACUGCUCGUUCAGCGAUGCUCUGUGUUUUUGCAGAGUAUUUCCAACCACCACCGUGAUCCAGCUUGAGAAUGUCCUUUGCCUGCAAAGGAAUCUCAUCAUUCCGGUUCCAGCUCCAGCCCCCAGCAGCCACUUAUUUUCUGUCUAUAGACUUGUUUAUCCUAUUUUCCUCCGACUCUGUGCAGAUGCUGAAGAGAUCACGUCCUCUAAGCGGAGUGAAGCAGGCUUCUGGGGGAGGCGGGGACUGGCCUGAUGAGUGAGGAGCAGGAGGCAUGCUGGGUUCUUCUCCGUCUUGGGAGGCAGGUGUGACAAGGACAGCAGCCCCUAUCCCAGGGUUUUGCCCUUGGAUUCCCACCUGUCUCAUCUGACUUGGCAGUUUUCGAGCGUCGGUACCUUGAUUCUAACCCCCUAGUCUUUGAUUCCAUUGUAUUUUGAUGUCGAACACUCAGGAAACAUUCAUUUAUUAAGGAAAAAUCUAAGGAGGUGGAUUGGAGCAGCUCUUCGCAGAGUUGAGACAUGGUCUGCUGUGCCGGUCAGUUCUUCACCUGCUGCUCAUCUACGCUGUCCCCAGGCGGGCCAGCCCCGAAUGCUUUCUUUGUCUUGUGUCUGAAGCACAGUUGAACCUUUCACUGGGUCUCACCUCCAGAGAUGGCUCUUGGAGUGCCACACAGACAAGGUGUUAGUACAUGUUGGAUGGAUCUUGAAUUUUCAAAUAAACCUCUUGGGAAGGAAAUCUUUUCCUACAGCUGUUUCUCUUCUGC